GGAACCUUCUCAACCAUGCACUUUCUAACCCCUUUCCAUUAUUUCAACCACGAACCCUAAUUUUCUUAACAUAAUCACUAUCCUGGAAGUUCACCCUGAUUUUACAUCACCCUUUAUCAUACUAUAAAUACAAACCCUAUAGCUUCAAUCAUUUUUUAAUUGUGGCAAUUGGGUUUUUGUUGGUUGAUUAAGUAACCCUUUUGUUGAUAAUAAUGCUUGGAGUUAAGAACAACCAUGUUGUGAUGAUGAAGAGAAAAGGGAAGAGCAAAAGGGGUGAGAAGAAGGAUGUUAAAGUGACAUAUAUCUCAAGCCCUAUGAAGGUGAAGACCAGUGCCUCAAACUUCAGAGCCCUUGUGCAAGAACUCACAGGCCAGUUCUCCAAUGUUGCUGAAAUGUUUGUGGAAGCUGAUUACUGUUACAAUUAUGAUGAUGAUGAUGGUGUUCUUGAUGAUGCUAACCAAAAGGGCACAAACAUUCAACAAUGGAGUACUGGCACUAGUGAAACCUAUUCUCAUGAGUCUAAUACUUGGUUCAAAUCUCUUGAUCAUCAUCAUUCCAGCUCUUUCAUGGAACCACUGAAUGGACAACUUCAAUAUGAAUUCUUGAGCUUUGAUAUGAUUUAGAAGAUUUUCAUCAUCAUCAUCCAUUCGAAGCAACAAGAAGAAGUUCCUUUCUCUUAUUUAUUUUUGGAUAAUGAUAUUUUGAUUUAUUUUUUUUAAUUCACUUUUAAUCUAUCAUUCCAAUCACUCUUCAAUUAUCUAUUUUGAUUUUUGUGUAAUGGUGUUAUGUGAUGAUUUAAAGAUGAUUAGAAUGGUAAGUUAAAAGUGGAUAUAAAAAAAGAGUCAAAAUAUCAUUAUUCUUUAUUUUUAUCCUUUUACAUAAA